AUGAAAGGAGUAAUAGCUUUUUGUAGGGAUGAUAAAGUUUCUCUCAUGCUGUACACUGGUACGGUUACCGUUCAAAUCGUCACGCUAAAGAAAGAUUUGUACCCAAUUCUACUUGAUCACGGGACACAGUUCGCUGUACUAGAUUCCUUACAUGGUGGCGAUAUGGCUCUUUUCUCUGCUUUUAUUGACUUAGCAUUAUAUUCAAUUUUAAGCAGGUCUCUUCCAGAAGUCACGGCUAUACACAUUACGCUUUCUGCUGCGUUUGUGCUUAAAAAUUCCAAUGUGUUUUCUUGGGAGAAACAAAAUAGUGUUUGUUCAAAUUCUGCUGGAAUCCUUACAACACCUAAAACCUUUGUCUCAUUGUUGGCUGUAUCGUAUACUAUGUCUGUCGCUUAUCCGCUCCAAGUUAUCCAUGUGGUAUCGAUUUUCAAACAUUGCGACUACUACCUCUAG